AUGUUGUUGUCAACAAACGACUUGCGACGUCAACGGUUGCUACGCGAAGGUUAGAAAACAUAAAACAUUGGAUAAUUUGUUCAGAUACGACGGAACCCAAUUAAUUAAUCAGUAUUACAUUGAUAUAAUAGUAGUUUUGUGAGCUCCUAUAUAUUUUCGUGGUUCAUUACAUCAUGGAAGGUCCGGGUAUGAGUCUGUUCCAAGGAGCCGCCAGCAUUCACAUUAACAACAGUGCUCAGGACAGGCUUGAGGAACAGGAGGAGAUCGAAGACCAGAAACGACGGAAUGAGGAGCUAAAACAUAAACUAGCAAAUGCUUUUGACGAUCUUCAAGAUGAUGACGAAGCGAGUUCAGUGAAUAGCAGCGGUAACUUUACCUUGGAUGCUCAAACUAAUGGAGGAAACGGACAUCCUAAUCAUCCUAGGACUGGAUUGCCUCCGAGUUAUGUGGAUUCUCUUAAUCACCUUAAAGAACUGCAGCACACUAGGGACUCGCCUAAUAUCCAUGAAACCCCAAAAAAUAGGCAUACUCCAAUUCAGCACCAUGAAGACCCAGUGAAACUCCCGUUUAGCCCCUAUGGGGCAGGUGAUGGGCAAAACCAUUAUUAUCAACAGGAAUAUAGGGGACAUUUGAAUGGAAUAAACAAUAUUGAUGCAAAACAGGAGUACAUGAAUAACGAAAAACUUAAGGUGAUGUAUGAGAUGCGGGAAAAAGAAUGUCAACAGUUAGCGGCACAGAUGGAAAAGCUUGAUACAGAAAUUGACAGUCUCCGUGCCAGACUUGCAGCUGCCGUCAAUGAUAGGGACAAGUCAGAGCUGUCACUGCAAGAAGCACACCAUUUACUAGCUUCCAGUAAACACAAAAUGAUAGAACUAGAACAACAAGUGGUGAGCCUCACUGAGAAACUGGUGCUCAGCGAGCAGGAGAAGGAGCAAAUGCAGAUGGAACUGCGCGCCGCCAACGUCAGCCUGCAGGAGGUGCAGCAGCGGUUACACACUUUCCAGGUUGCUCACACACACGACACUGAUGCACUGUUUAGAGAACAGCAGGACAGACAUAGAGAGGAAGUUGAUAGACUGCACGCAGAUUUAACAAAGGCUAAAAGCAGAUUGGAAGAGAAAGCAAGUGAAAUAAAAAUACUUGAAAAGCGGUGCUUAGAAAAAGACAAAGAGAAAGAGGAACUCUUGAUUGAUAAAGGGGCAACUAUCAAUAGAUUAGCGAGUGAACUAGAGGCGGCGCAAAGUCGACUGGUGAACGGCGAGACCGCGCGGCUAAAGGAGAAGGUGGCGCAGUUGUCCAGUGAGAGGAAUGUUGCCAGGGAACAAGUCAAAGAAUUAGGGUCUAAACUGGAGGUGACGGCGCACGAGCUGGUACUCUGCCGGAAUAAGCUGGCCGCCAGCCAGAAGGAGUACGACAGCUGGCGCACCGCGCUACAUCAGAUCCUCGUGGACUCUCUCCCAGAAAAUACUUAUCUAGGUGAACCUCCGUCGCCUGGUAAAUUAUCGACACUAAAAGAUGCUCUAAGUAGAUACAAACAACAGAUUCAUAAGGUUUCGGCGUUACAAGAAGAAAUUGCUAAAAGGGACAAAAAACUGGAACAGCACCGAAAGCAAGAAUCCGAGAUGCGAGCCAAAAUAGAAGAGCAGAAAGGCAUCGAGUUGCAGCUGAGCUCUCGCGUGGCCGUGCUGCAGAGCCAGCUGGAGUCGCUCGGCUCCGGCGACCACAAGCUCGGCGAGCGGCUGCAGGCCGACCUCGACCACGUGCGCGCGCAGCUCAGAGAUAUGGAGCUGAAGUACACGGAGCUGGAGCUCGAGCACGACAAGGUGAAGGAGUCCCGCGGCGGGCGCGCGUCGCUGGCCGCGGCCGCCAACGCCGACCUGCUGCGCGAGCUGGAGCGCUGCUCCGCGCAGCUGCGCGCCGCCCUAGCCGAUAACACCGAGCUCAAGACUCUCUACCUGCAGGCUUGCAGUACGCGAGAUAGCGCGUCAAGAGAGCUAAAAGACGUCCAAUCUAGAAUACAACAAGAGCGGGAUCUAUACAAGUCACAAGAGAAAGAAUACGUGGAGAGGAUAGAGAAGGAAAGGCAGCAGUUGGAGAAGCUGACCGCGGAGCUGACCAGCUCCAAAGAGGAGCUGGAGCGCGCCAACAAGCGGAUAUCGGAGCUGCAGAAGGAGUUCACCGACAAACAGAAGGAGUUUACUGACAAACUCAACAAAUAUCUUGAAGAUGAAAAAAGUGCAAUGCGGAAAGAAAUGGAACCUUGUGCGCAAUGUGAGAAAAAUUUAAUGCAAAUUCGGCAGCUAAAUGAACAGCUUAGCAAAUGCAGUGUUAAAUUAGCUACUCAAGAGAGCAACGAAGCUCUGAUGCAGGAGUUAAAAGGCAAAGCUGAGUUCUUCCAGCAAUACAUCCUCGAGCGGUUCAACAAACUGCGCGACCAACGCUCCGUCGCCACCAACACCGACCCCUCCGACCAUCCCAUCGAGCACUUGGUGCAGACCUGCGACGACGCCAUAGCGACCAAGACUGCUCUCAUGAUGAAAGAAAAAGCCAUACGAGAUCAAAUAGCAGAAAAGUUCACUCUGGAGAUGAAAACAGCAGAAAUGAACUGCGCGCGGCGGCUGAAGGAAAUGGAAAACGAACAAAUAGCCACCGUCACAAAGCUGAAGGAGCUGUUAGAGCGGAAAAUGCAGGAAGUAGAGACCCUCAAACAGUUCAUAUUGACAGAAAGAGCCAAGGUGUCGCAGAUACUCGAGUCGAAAGAGAACGAGAUAUCCGUGUUGAUAAAGGAACAUAAUGCGAUACAAGCAGAAUGUGAAAAAACUAGGGACAUCCUCAAUGAGUGGAAAAUCAAGGCUGAGAAAUACGAGAAAAAGAUACAGCGGUUAGAAUUACUUAAACAAGAAAAAGAGGAGUUGGAACACAGUCACAGUUCUUGUGAAAAGGAAUUGAGAAAUGUGAAAAGUAAAAUGAAUAGUUUACAAAGAAAAGUAGCUACUUCAGAACAGAGUUACGAAAGCUUGCAGGCUGAGCAUCGGACCUUGUUGGAGAAGUACAAAAAUGCAAAAAAAUCUAUAUUGACACAUAGGGAGUAUAUAUCUAAAAAAGACGCCCAUCUUAACAACGAAUUUAACAGAAUUCAAGAUGAGUACAGAAAAAUCUUCGUGAAAAUGCAAAGUCAGAUAACCUAUCUUUCCAACCGUCGGGUACAGGAGGAAAAAACAAAUGGAAGACCCGCUACGCCCACGAAUAACUAUGAGUUUGUAGAAAAAAUAAAUAAGUUGACCAGGGAGUUGGCAGAUCUCACUCAGUCUACAGCUGCGAUGACCAGUAACUAUCCAGAUGUCAACUAAUGGGACUCCUUGUUAAGGAGUUGAUUCUGAAAUUUGAAAUGGUACUGAGCGGCACAACCCAAACUGGCAGACACGUGCGGGCAGCGUCGGGUAUAACGCGGGACCUAUUUGCCUUGGCACAGACUUCAAACACACCAGGAAAGCGUAUGUUAACAUACCAUUUUUUUUUUCUUUUUAGUUUCUGGGUGAUUUUUUUAUAUUCUUGAAUUACCCCGUUUAUAGAAAGAAUCCCUACGCAUUUUACGUUCAUAUAUUAUGUAUUUACGCACGUAGAGUUAAACCAUUUUGAAAAUGCGUGCAUUUCCCAGAGCACCUGCAUUCACGUCCAAAGUUAUGUUAUAGACGCAACGCACACAAAAACGGUAAACGUAGGUACCUACUAGAUACAUAGUAUCCGUCCGUCUUGUUUGUUUUGGACAAACAGACUUUUCACGAUAAGACUUCAUGUUCGACUAGCUUAAGCUAGUUAUUUCGAAGUAUUGAAGGUUUAAAAUAUAUUUUCUAUGACAAUAUCUGGAUUUGUUAGAAACAGAAUCUGCGUGGAGUGAAACUUCACCUGUCAAGUUCAAGCGCAUUGUUUUAAUAUAUGGCAAUCGACCUAAAUGUGUGCCAUGUCAUUUAGGUCUUCCCUUUGACCACCAAAGACGUCAACUGACGUGCUCGGUUACAGUGUAGGUAAUUUCAACCGUGUAAAAUUGUGUAGUUUGUGGCUUUUAAAGGAUUAAAAUAAUGAUCUCAAACUGAAAAUCGAAAUCACAAAUAUAAAAUAAUGAGUUGUAGGAAACAAAUGGCGCCGAGCAGGCUCGCACGAGGAUAAACGCGCAUAAUACAGUUGGUGCUACAAUUUUUAAGGUCCUACCUAACUGACAGGUUAGCUUUUGUGAAAUCAUAUAAAAUGUUAGAAUUUUAAAAUUAUACCAAUUUCUUGUAUAACGAAUUAUUUGUUUGUAAAAUGAAAAAUAUAUUUUGUUAAUUUAAUUAGUACCAUACCUAUUUAUAAUUAAAAAAUAUCGGAAAACAAGAACCACAUAGUCCACAUAAAACCUACUACGACAGCAAAGACAAAAAUAAUGUUGGUUGGAACCUAUUUCAAGCGCCCUCUGUAGUGAGCGAGAGGCAGUUUUGCCCGUUUUGCCCCAUUAAUGAAUCUGUCUUCAUAAUAUUCAUUACUGUGGCAAGGUCAAGGUAUAAUGUAUUUUUGUAUAAUUUAACAAAAGUAACUGAAGAACCAUUGUCAACGUUUUUGACCACCAAAUAGUGAACCUUAUUGCAUAGCUAUAAGGUCCACCAUUGGUAGGUUAAGAGUGUUACUGUUAAAACAUGGACUGAUAUGUUAGAUAUGAUUAAAAAAGUAAUAUUCCAUGCAAGUAAUCCUGUGAUAGUGAACGCUAAGUACAAUGUAAAUAUACUUAAUAACGUAUUAGUAUUAAUGAAGUGCCAAAUCACUCGACAUUCCUUUGGAUUCCAUGCUCACUGUUUACAUGCCUUUAUCGUAGAUACUGCCUAUUAGCAGAGUAAAAUAACAAUGAUGAUGACAUGACGUUCCUUUUUUCAAUAAGUUUUAUGAAUUAUCGAUCGCUCAAAAACUAAUAAUGAAAGAAGAAAGAUAAAUAAAGAUAAAUAAUAAAUGUUUAUUAAUGACUUGUUUUAAUUAGUAUUAGGUAUUUUUGAUGUAUUGUUUCUAUUAUGUGUUAAAGGUACUCUUGAAUAAAAAUGAUACUUUAAUAAA